UAGCUUUUAUGGAGUUUUAAGUAAUUACGUUUCUCAAAACUAUGCAUCAUGCUCAUUUGUGGGCAUUGGAUGAAAAGAUAAAUCUUUCUAGAAGAGGCAGGGGAGGGAGAGGCAAUUCUGGGUGCGGAAGUUGGCAGAAAAGAAAAUCAGUGUCUCCUAGACUUCGCCCAGUUUGGCUCGUUUGGGGUACUCCUCCACCACGCGUUACCAGGCCCGUGAAACCCACUCCCACCAGACAAUUAGCGCGGGCGGACGAGCAAAUUGACACCUAGUAGUCCGGAACUUUGCGUGCAGGGUUCCUGCAGCAGCACGCACCGGGAAGCUUUUGGGCGCUGCACAGCGCUGCGCCGUGGCCUUGAGUCCGGCGCGCAGAGGAGGAGGAGAAAGCUGACUCCUUAGUCCCGGGUAGUGGUCGUGGUGGUCGUCUUUGUAGUUCGUGGUCUGAGACCAGGCCUCAAGUGGGAACGGCGUCAAGAUGAUCUCACGGCGGAACCCAGAGCCCUUACGGUUUCUGCCGGAUGAGUCCCGGAGCCUGCCCCCGCCCAAGCUGACCGACCCGCGGCUUCUCUACAUCGGCUUCUUGGGAUACUGCACUGGCCUGGUUGAUAACGUGAUCCGGCGGAGGCCGGUAGUGUCGGCUGGUUUGCAUCGCCACCUUCUAUAUAUUACGGCCUUUUUUUUUGUUGGAUAUUAUCUUGUAAAACGUGAAGACUACAUGUAUGCUGUGAGAGACCGUGAAAUGUUUGGAUAUAUGAAAUUACAUCCAGAGGAUUUUCCUGAAAAAGAGAAGAAAACAUACGCUGAAAUUUUUGAAAAAUUCCAUCCAGUACGUUAAAGUCUUCAAAAUGCUUGCUCCAGUUUCACUGAUACCUGCUGUUUCUGAAUUUGAUGGAACAUGUUUCUAAUGAGAGUUGAAGCUUAUGCUUAUCUGUGUGUUGACACCUUGUAAUUAAAAUAGUUAUCAUGAAUACUCUGACUCUUUUUAUUGUUGUAAGAAAAAUAGUUCAUCAGAGAAUGGUCAGUUUCCAUUCACCCAUCUGAAAGAUUUUAAAAUGAGGUUGAAUUCGAGUUUAGAGUUAGCAGACUACAGCCUAUGGGCCAAAUCUGGCCCACUGCCAAUAAAGUCUUAUUGGAACACA